AUGACGCGGGGGACGCAUCGCAUCGUAUCUCGUCAAUAUCUCCCAAUUUAUCUCAAAGGGCAAAGGGUCAUGGUAGCGGUGAUUGAGGCCAGGCUGGUCCAUCUUUUCGACCGAGACGGAAUCUGUCAAUAUGUUCCCCCCGUCGAGGCUGACCGGUGCUCGACUAUCAUUCAUUUCAUCCGAUCGCAAUAUCAUGGCCUCACACGGGUUCAUUCCCUUAGACUUCGUCAUAUCCACUCUGAUGGUCGCAUCGCUGAAUGGACUACGCCUCAGCAACAAGAGGUAAAUGUCAAGCGCAAAUUAAGCAACAGCGUAUUCAAGCGCACUAUUCUUAUCCUACCAGUACCCAAGUCUUCGCCACUUGCGUCGCGUUUCACUGAAUGGUACUCUCAUCCUAGCUUCCUGUCCGCUUGGUUCACCCCAACUUUUAAGGAGAACGUUGCUAUCUUGGUAAUAUCCUCUCGUCCGUGGCUUUACUGUACCCGUCACUGCAACAUGCAUUUGAUGCCGCUCCUCGGAAUUUGUGUGCGUUCCCCCGGAGGCAACAUGUUUGCACAGAACGAAUUGCGGGUACUGAUCAGGCCGCACCUUACGGUUAGUAUUCCUUUCUCUUCUUGUUUCAAGCCGGCGCAGGGAAUAAUUGCGCAUACCGCUAACGAUUAUUUAUAUUACUUUGAAGGCGAUCAUCGCAUUUUAGGAGGAGCGGCAGUCAAACUGAUCCAAGAAUGA